AUGCGGUUUCUUUUCCUGGUGUUGUUGGCACUGCAUGGAGUGCAGGCGGCGUUUAUCCGCAGGCUGGCUUGCGAUCUUGCCGACGUUCCGCCGUCUCCGAUAAACCCGGUCUUUGAGCCUCUAAGCCUGAGUGGCGGGUUGGAUGAGUCGGAUGUAUUAUUCUUGAAGCUCUCAGGGGAUUAUCCAGGUCCCGAUGGAUGUGAGCAGCUCAAUGGGGCAGUAGCAAAGGUUCUGGUGGAUGUGAAAGUGCUAGGUCGUUCUGUCGGACAUCAGAUUGAGUCGAAUGGGAGCUGUCCCACACUUUCUCCCAUUGGACAUUUAAGAUCUGAUCCUCGAACAUACACAAAGUAUGAAUCUUUCUAUGCAUUGGACAGCGCAUACCGACUACACACUCUCGCGACAACUAUUCGUCUUCAACUCAAUAAUGGCAGCGAUGUGGCUUGCGUUGCAGCCAAGAUUACUCCCGAUAUCGGCCCUCUUGCGUCAAAUAUCUUGAAGUUACUUCCAUUGGCCAUCAUGCUCAUUUCAGGCAUCAUUGCUGCCGGGAUCAAGGUCUAUCACAGUCGGGGAUCAAGCAUGUUCCGCUACGAAAUCGCCAAUAGCGUCAACGAUCCUGCUGAAGCCUUCUUUCCGGGGAUGGGGAGCUGUCUACAGUACAUUCAGUUUGUCUUCAUGACAGGUUGCCUGACUCUAUCUUACCCUGGCUUUUUCAAACCCAUCGUCAGUCAGCUUGCGUGGUCGUCACUUUACUAUGCCAAUGGUCCCAUUGGGCAUGAGUUUACUUAUCCAGGAACCAGUAACGGUAUAUAUACGAUAAAUGGGACUUACGGUCUGGAAGAGAUGGCCCAGACCCUGGGAGCGACCACAGUGGGUGAUCUCUGGAUCAAUUCUACUAUCAAUUUGGCCGUGAUGCUUGUGGGAAUUGCGGCUGUCAUCCAACUAGCUACGCUCGUCAAGUGGGUGAAAAAUAUACUUCCUUUCUGGAAGACACCAGGGGGCCUUGACCUCCGAGCAGAAUUCCUGACUCGUAUCCAGCAUACUGGAUGGAGUGUCCUUCGCACAGUACUCCAGUACUACCUCCUUCCCAUAGUCACCUUCUCGCUUUACCAGCCCCUUAUGGCGACCUUCUUCCCAGUGUAUCGCACAUUGCUUGCAGUCAUGUUGGUAGCUUUGCUGGCUGUCACACUGGGGCUUGUCGUCCGCUACCUCAGUAUGCAAAAUCGACAGGACAUUUUCUUCACGGACAGCAGUCUUUCCAAACGAACGACCCGGUCAUGGCUCUCAGAUGCGCUGCAUGGUCUUCCUUUAAUCCAAGGAAUAGCACUCGGUGGCCUUCAGAUCUCCGGAGUGGGCCAGAUUAUUGUUCUUGCUGCUUGCGAGAUAUCCCUGAUUAUGGUUCUCGCAUUGCAUCAUCGAGGGGAUACUUCGCUCUGGAAAUUGGUAGUAUUUCCUGCUGUCCGGUUGACAACGAUUUUCAUGAGCUGUGCAUUUCUUCCCGCUACAGGGCUGAGCGAGGGGAUAAAGGGCUAUUUAGGAUAUUCGAUCUUAUUUUUGCAUGCUGCAACUUUGGUGCUCGGAUUUCUAGCUACUGCUAUCGUGGACCUGACGAGGUCCAUGCUGGGAAAAGCCGAUUCGGCGGCACGUCCAGAUAGUACUCCAGUAUGCUUACCAUAUCUUUCCCUGCACCGGGCCAAUGCUAAUGAUGCUAAGGUAUUCGGUUUUGACCAAUUAUCACGACGCUCGAAGCGAAGAACGACCUUUGGUGAAUUACCAGCACUUCCCCCGGGUGGUAUGUCAAAGUCAAACCAUGGAAUGCAUCUCAAAAUGCUAACCCGGGCUAGAUCAAUCUAA